AUGGAGACACAGCUAGACCCCAUGAAGGAUGACUUGCCCUUAAUGGCCAACACUAGCUACAUGCUUGUAAAGCACUAUAUAUUGGACUUGGAUGUGGAUUUUAAAAGUAAAGUUAUUGAAGGUGUCAUAGUUUUAUUCUUCGAGACUGGGAGCCGGUACAGGAAAACCAGCAGUACUGGCAAAGAUGACUGCCAGUCACAGUUUGAUGAAACCUGUAAAAUGAGGGCAUCUGAACCCUGCCACAUUCCUGUGACAAAUGUGAGUGCCUGUUCAUUUAAAACGGAAUGUAAUGAUUUUGCUGUCUGUGGUAAAGGUGAAGAAGAUACUUCUGAUAAAAAUGGUAACUAUAGCAACGAGGAACAGGCUUCUGGGAUUUCUAGUUCAAAGGACUGCUGUGACAUAGAGAAUCAUGGGAACAAAGAUUUUCUGCUGGUAUUGGACUGCUGUGAUUUAUCUGUGCUAAAGGUUGAGGAGGUAGAUGUUGCCGCUGUGUCAGGCAUUGAAAAAUUCACAAGGUCUCCCAAGCUAACUGAUGUUUCAAAGGAGCUGGAAAAUCUCAGGAAUCAGAUUAUACAUGAACUUGUGACUUUACCUGCAGAUCGCUGGAAGGAACAGCUAUACUAUUUUACUCGGUGCAGCCAGGCACCUGGCUGUGGAGAGCUUCUGUUUACUACUGGCACUUGGAGCUUGGAGAUAAAGAAAUCAGGAAUUCAGAGUCCAACAGACUUUCCUCAUGCAAUAAGAAUAUGGUACAAAACCAAACCGGAGGGAAGAUCUGUUACAUGGACUACAGACCAGAGUGGCAGGCCAUGUGUUUAUACUAUGGGAUCACCAAUAAACAACAGAGCCCUUUUCCCAUGCCAAGAACCACCCGUUGCCUUGUCAACAUGGCAAGCCUCAGUCCGAACAGCUGCCGGCUUUGUUGUGUUAAUGAGUGGUGAAAACUCAGCAGAACCAGUCCAGCUUCAAGAAGAGUGUGGAAGCUGGUACUACUAUGUGACUAUGCCAAUGCCAGCAUCCACCUUCACUAUUGCUGUGGGGUGCUGGCAGGAAGUUAAAAAGCAGUCCUUCACAGCUGCUAUCCAGACAAACACUGAUUUUUCCUUGCCAUCUUCACAAGCCAGCUUCAGAUGGCAUGAAGAAAUCUGUGGUCAUGUGGAAUAUCCCUGCCGUUUCCAAAAUCCUGCUGCCAGGUUGCAGGCAGUCAUUCCUUAUAGAGUCUUUGCUCCCUGGUGCCUUAUGGAACACUGCAAAAAACAUUUACUUCACUUAAUUCCACAGUGCCUCUCAGCUGCUUACACCACACUGGGUACCCACCCCUUUUCCAGGCUUGAUGUUUUGAUAGUUCCUUCCAACUUUUCCAGCUUAGGAAUGGCUAGCCCACACAUCAUCUUCCUGUCACAGAGUGUACUACCAGGAGGGAGCCAUCUCUGUGGAACACGUCUGUGCCAUGAAAUUGCUCAUGCUUGGUUUGGACUAGCCAUUGGUGCUCGUGAUUGGACUGAAGAGUGGAUAAGUGAAGGGUUUGCCACUUUUUUAGAAGAUAUAUUUUGGGCUAGGGCACAACAGCUGUCACAUGAUGAAGUAAAAGGGCAGCAGGAAUUGAAAGCUUUACUUCGCUGGCGCCGACUCAGAGAUGAGGUGCAGAACUCUGAAGAAGAGCUGCAAGUUUUAAGGCCCAAAAAGGAGAGCACAGGAGAAUUGAGUGAGUCUGGAGCAUCUGUUGUCAAACAUGGUCUUAAAGCAGAAAAAAUCUUCAUGCAGGUUCACUAUUUGAAGGGUUAUUUCCUUUUGCGGUCUCUGGCAAGGACAAUAGGAGAGGCUUCAUACCUUGCAUCUUUACGAAAAUUUGUCCAUAAGUUCCAUGGGCAGCUUGUCCUUUCUCAGGAUUUUCUUUGCAUGCUGUUGGAAGACAUCCCUGAACAAAAAGAAUCUGGGUUAACUGUAGAAAGUAUCUUCCAGAAUUGGCUUGACACUUCCGGAAUACCAAAGCCUUUGCUGGAGGAGGGUGAGACUUGGAAGGAGUGUCAUCUCGUCCGGCAAGUGAGCGGCGAGGUCACAAAAUGGAUUCAGACAAACCAGAGGAUCAGAAAAAGCGGCAAAAAGAAAAGAAAGCGGGAUGAAGUCGUUUUCCAAAAGCUUCUCCCUGACCAGCUGGUCUUACUUCUGGAGUCUCUCUUGGAGGAGAAGAUGUUGUGUCCUAGAAUGCUUCAGUGCUUAGAGAAAACGUACCAGCUCCGGGAGCAAGAUGCUGAGGUUCGUCAUCGGUGGUGUGAACUUGUUGUUAAACACAAGUACGUGCCUGGCUAUGGAGAUGUUGAGAAAUUUCUCAGAGAAGAUCAGGCAAUGGGUGUGUAUCUCUAUGGUGAAUUAAUGGUGAAUGAAGAUGCAAAACAACAAGAACUUGCACAUAAAUGCUUUGCUGCAGCACGAGAACAUAUGGAUGCGUCCUCAGCCAAAGUGGUGGCAGAGAUGUUAUUCUGA